AGGAGGGAGAAGUCGGUCAAACUCAUAUAGAAAGACGUGUCGUAAUAUGGUAUAGCGUAAACACAAGCGAGAAGCAGACGACAAUUUUAAAAUCGAUCUGAAAAAAAAACCGAGAAAAAGAAAAAAGAAAAAUGGAGACAUCAAAGUUCCAUGGGAUUCAGGGAAUACAUACGUUAAACCACAUGGACCACAGACAUCCUAUGGUCGUGCCAGAUAACUUCGUAACCGGCAUUUCAUUUGACAUGACACAUUUGAACUUAAACCAAGGUAUGGAAAUGUUAGCUCAUCCGGGUUCGACCAACGGUUACGUCAUUUCCAGAUAUCACCCACAUAUGUGUGGAGGACCGAGCUAUGUCAAGCAUCAACACCGCAGCAGGACACAUCAUGUGGAACCAGAUUCCAGUAAGAUUUUACCAGGAUGCAAGCAACUUUACACACAAGAAUUAGACGUCAGGUGUCGAAUAUGUGGGGACCAGGCGUCUGGAUUUCAUUAUGGUGUACAUUCGUGUGAAGGUUGUAAGGGUUUCUUUCGGCGAACACUUAAGAAACAGUUGGUGUACACUCCUUGUAAGACAGGAUCACAAUGUAGAAUAGACCAGAUAACACGGAACAAGUGCCAGUAUUGCCGAUAUCAAAAAUGCCUCAACGCCGGCAUGUCACAAGAUGAUGUAACAGACAGAGAAAACGAAGCAUAUCCUCCGGGAUAUAACAAUUGGCAAGACAGCAGUGACUUUAUAUCCGCCAACUUCUGUUGUUUUGUAGUAUGCAAGUUUGACAAAGAUUUUAUAAUUAGUGAUACUUUUAGCUAUUUUAUUAAACUUUUGGACACUGAUUUGUUGCGAGAAAUCCAUAGUAAUAUAUUUAUUAUUGACGUAUUAACCGAAAUAGCUUGUUUUCUCGGUGAUAUGGAACUACUUACAUCUUUAGACUCUGGAACAUUCCAACAAGUCUUCCUUGCAUAUCAAGAUAUGAUACUUCCUCUUUUGGAAUCGUCCGCAAAAUUUGUCAAGAAAAUACCUGGAUUCCGAAGUCUUCCGUUAACAGACCAAAUUAAUCUUUUGAAACACGGAAGCUUCCCAGUUGCAACUCUUCUUAUGCACACUGCUGUUGACCAGCAUGGUAUUCAAUUAUUUGGCCGCAUGCGACAAUUUUUAGUGAGCAGAAAAUUAACGAAUUUAUGCGAGGAGGCUCAGCUUCUUCUCACAGAACACGUAGCAUUGGCCGAUAAAGUAAAUUCCUUUCAACUGCAGCUAGGUGAGAAGGCCCUUUUCUGUGCCAGCAUUUUGCUUCAAGAUGUCCCUGGGCUGCACGAAUCUCACAAAAUCGAACAAAUUCAGUUGGAUCUUUUGGAUGCUCUUCGACUUGAAUUGAAGCAUAAUCAUCCACGCCAGCGCCUCCUUUUUCCAAAGCUGCUUCUACUUAUACCAGAUCUUCGUCAAAUUACCGAGAAUUUCGGCCGCCAUCUGCAAAAAGGUAGUUUUCUCAGCGCCUCUAAAGACUCAGAUGUAACACCACUACUGCGGGAAAUAUUUGAUGUAGGACACUAACACUUAUACGCAUUGCAUGAAUUACAUUAUCACAUACAUUCAUAAAUAUAUACAAAAGCAUACGCAAUUAUGAAAGCUGAGAUAUAAAAACUACACGAAAUAUAUGUAUGUGUUCAUAAUAUAUAUAUGUAUAUAUAUGUGUGUGUGCA